AUGGGCUUUGUGCUCUACUUUAGCACAGGCAAAAAUUUUCGUGACGAGGUGCAUCGUCUCUUCAUUCGUUGCGGUAUCUGCAGAAGAGGCAAGGCCUCCGACAACACUCGCAACAGCCUGAGUAGUGAAAUGGGCAGAAGCAGUGUCUCUACUCGAACAAAUCGAGAGAAGAAGAGACUACUCACCUCAAUGUCCAACCACCGACAGGAGAAUAGGCUUCUAGCACUGCGUCGAGGCCUGCUCUUCUUCAAGCGCGGUCGAAAGAGCUCCGAUUUUCCUGGACUAGAUCAAUGCGGUCGUCGGGGUGAGCGACAGCCCUCGAAGUUGCUCCUAACACCAAAAGCUAAUGCCAAUGGCGAUUUUCCGUCUCCUCUUUGA